GGGGUGGAGACCUACACGGUAUAAAUACGGCUCCGGUGCACACUAAUGUCAUCUGCCUACACCCCUUCACUACGGAGAGAAUGUGGAACUUUACACGACUGACUCUCGCACUCCUCUGUGUUGCCGGUGAGUGUUGUUCAAUUUUACUUAAUUAGUUUCAAGUGGCAGUCAAAUAGUUUUAUUAAAUAACAUUAACUUCUAAGAGCAGUUUAGACAAACAGUCGAUACUACCCCCGGACUGCCUCUGUUGGCGCACACGCAAAUCUACGACUAGAGAAAAGAUGCGCUAUCUGUCGUUUAGAUUAGAACGGCUGGAAAUCAAAUCUGAUGUUAAAUCAUAAUUAGUCUAAGGCUUGACAUCUUUCUCCAUUUUAGUUUUGGCACGAGGAGCGAGUCUCCCUGACGGCAGCAUAGAGGUAAGCAGGCUAAACCGUUUCUUUUUUUGGAGUGAAAGGCUAUGCGCAUUCAUAAAACACUUUGUCCUAUGUGCUGGAUUAACAGUAGUUAGUAAUGUAGAACACUGGUAUGGGUCUUACUCUGUACAAAAUUCAAUUGUUCACCAAGUACACCUGUAUGUAUACAGUCACUUCCUGGUCAACAACUAGUUGACAUGACAGUCAGGGGUGUAUUCAUUAGUCCGAUUCUGUUGCAAAACGUUUUGCAACGAACAGUGUACUCUAAAUGUAAAACGUUUUUCAACCAAUGAGAAUUUCUAUUGGGCAAAUUCCCUGUUUGUGUUGCGUUUGCUUCAAUUUGUUUGCUUGAGUGAAACGUUUUGCAAUAGAAUCUGAGAAAUGAAUACACCCCAGGUGCACUGUGGAAGGGGUGGAAAACGUAUGGCUUGUUCCCUGUUAUCCAUGUUCUCUUCAUAUGGUGUCAUACUAGUACACUAUAUUACCAACACCUCUUAUUUAUUUAUUACAUAACCUGGUUUUUGUCCAACAGGCUGACUGUUCCCAGUACAGCAUGCCCAUGUGCCCCCGGAACUAUGAGCCAGUGUGUGGAACCGAUGGCACCAGCUACUCUAACGAAUGCAUGCUGUGCUUUGAAAACAUGUAAGUAACCAACUAAAGCUUUCAACAACUUGUCUUGCUCUGUGCUUGUCUGUCUGUGCCUCUGUCUCGUUCUGUGUUUGUGCGUGUCUUUUAAUUCCGCUCCGUGUGUGUUCCCAGGGAGCAGAAGAGUGACGUUCACAUCAGGAGUAAAGGAGAGUGCUGAACCAGACGUGACCAUCCAUUGUCUCAGCGACACACCAGGCCCUCAACAUUACUUUGAACCAUUUCCUGUUGCCUUGUCAAAACACUGACAUGUUUUCUGCUGCCUUCUAAAAACCGGUCUCAAGUGCCUCAAUAUACUUUGAACAAUUUCUUCAACACCUGUGUCCUUCUCCGACCCUUAUGGGCUCCCUGUUUGUCAUAGUCUUCUGUAGAGCACUUCACUACCUAGUCUUUUAAGACUUGUGUAGCGUACUUCUUGGUGGUAAAAUGGUCAACUUGUAAAAUUGUAUUUUAAAUGGAAUAGUCUUCAUCGUGUGUGCUUUAUUUGUCCACCUUUUUAUCUGUAAUUAAAACUAUUUUAGCA